GCCCAGCAGCUCCUGCUGGGAGCCCCGACUGGGUCCAGCCCGGGGGGCGGGGGCUGCGGCCACUGAGGAUGGGGAAAUCCAACAGCAAGUUGAAGCCUGAAGUUGUGGAGGAGCUGACCAGGAAGACCUACUUUACUGAGAAGGAGGUCCAGCAGUGGUACAAAGGCUUCAUCAAGGAUUGCCCCAGUGGGCAGCUCGAUGCAGCAGGCUUCCAGAAGAUCUACAAGCAAUUCUUCCUGUUUGGAGACCCCACCAAGUUUGCCACGUUUGUUUUUAACGUCUUUGACGAAAACAAUGACGGGCGGAUCGAGUUCUCUGAGUUCAUCUAGGCGCUGUUGGUGACCUCGAGGGGGACUCUGGAUGAGAAGCUGCGGUGGGCCUUCAAACUCUAUGACUUGGACAACGACGGCUAUAUCACCAGGAAUGAGAUGCUGGACAUUGUGGACGCCAUUUACCAGAUGGUGAGGAACACUGUGGAGCUCCCAGAGGAGGAGAACACUCCAGAAAAGAGAGUGGACCGGAUCUUUGCCAUGAUGGACAAGAAUGCCGACGGGAAGCUGACCCUGCAGGAGUUCCAGGAAGGGUCCAAGGCGGACCCGUCCAUUGUGCAGGCGCUGUCCCUCUACGACGGGCUGGUAUAGUCCCGGGCCAAGCCGGAGCAAGAUGCUUGGGAACCACUCACCUCCUCCUGUGCCAUGAGGCCGCCUCAGCCGUGACACCACCCCCGUGUGCCCACCCAGCCUUCUUCCGCAUUCACACAGCCGGCUGCCCUUGACCCGGGAGGCACCGGCUCUCCUCUCCCCUGCCCCGCACCCACCCGCUGCCUGAAGCCACCGGCUCCAAUUGCCAGCAACCUCUGCUUGUCCAGAAAACGGCAACGCGAAAUGGAAAAGGCUACAGCCCUCUGCAAAACCAAGGACUCGGCUGCCUCACCGGCUGCGUCUCCGUUCCUCCCGCUCUCUUGCGCGUGUGCUUUUGUUUUUUAUUUCAAACAGACGUUUUAAAAG